AAUGAGAAACUCUGUUUGUUAUAGACGCUCACCUUCCCCAAUAAUAAAGAGAGGAUGCCGUUUCCCUUGGCGACGCGCAGCCAAUCGUCGCUGAGCAAGAGGGCGGUGCUUAGACGGGUGGGUAGCAACAGUUGCCCCGGUGAGGACGAGGCGCCAUAGUCACGGUAGUCGUGGCGACAAGAACCCAGCAACGCGAAUCAACAACAACCUUUAAGAAAAUAAAACUCCGCGCCAAACUAAGAUCAUCCGGCGGGAAGCGACAGGGGGAUUUGGGCUUUUGUCAUCAUGGCAACUUCAGGCUACCCCUCCGAGGAGCUCCCACCCUCUCAAUCACAAGGGGGCAACGUCACGACGGCCUCGUCGACCCAGCAGAAAGCCACUUCCACUACCACCUCGUCCCAGUUCCUCUCCGACAUCCAGAGCUCAGCGGGAUCCGCUCCUGCACAGACGGCCUCGAUCAUAAGAGUGCAGGCCACGCCCCCUGUCACUCAAAAGAAACUGGUUCUGGCCACGCCCCCUCAAGGAGCCGUGACAGCAGCGCAGUAUGUGGCAGGAGAGAUACAGAGCUCCGCCUCCCAGGCAGGAAACAGCCAGAGCGCCCAGCAGUACAUAGUGGUGACCGUUAGCGAGGGCUCACUUCACUCGAAUGACUCUGAAUCGAAUUCUCCUCCCGCGGGACAGACUGGCGUUCCCACACAGGUAGUGCAACAGGUGCACACAGCACAGCAGAGGUCUGUGGUUCAGGCCACAACCAAGAGUCAAAGUGGACAACUGGGGGUCAGUAAUCUACACAUCACACCUGAGGUACAGCAUGUUUACCAAAGCCAGUUUGUGGAGGGAGACGCCAACUACAACAAUACUGCAAUUCGUUCCAGUAGUUACCAGUUCACAGACCCCUCCCUCUACUCUCAGGCCACGCCCUCUGUCACUUACUAUGAGACGUCGCCCACCACCGGCUCACAGGUCACGUCCCCCGCCAGCACUCAACCUGUGUCUGUGACGUCUGGGAUGGGCACAGGGGUGGUCUCCAUGUUCUCAGAGGGCAGUUCGGGGAUCACCGUGGUGGCUGGCGGAUCCUCGUCAGGAGUGGGCGGGUCAGGGGGUGUGGUCACCAGCGGAGGGGUGGGGAGUUAUGUGAUUCAGGGCGGGUACAUGCUUGGUGGAGCCAGUGGAGGGAACCAGAAUUUCUCACACAACACACGAGCAUCACCUGCGACUGUGCAGUGGCUGAUGGAUAACUAUGAGACAGCAGAAGGUGUGAGUCUUCCUCGCUGUACUCUCUACUGUCAUUACAUCCUGCACUGCCAGCAGACCAAGCUGGAACCUGUGAACGCCGCCUCCUUUGGCAAACUCAUCCGUUCUGUGUUCAUGGGCCUCAGGACCAGACGUCUGGGCACCAGAGGGAACUCUAAGUACCAUUACUAUGGCCUUCGAAUCAAGAGCAACUCCCCUCUCCACAGACUGGUGGAGGACCAGCAACACCUGGCCAUGAGACAACAGCCGUACUCACAGAAACAGAGGAUAAAGCCUGUGCAGAAGGUGGAGGGACUGACCAAUGGAAUGGGCCUGGGGUUGGGGCAUCAACAAGGGGCGGGGCUAUCUGACAUCAGUGCACAGGUUCACCAGUAUCAGCAGUUUUUAGAUGCGUCUCGCAGUCUGCCGGAGUUCCCUGAGCUCAAAGAUGAGGGUAUACCUCUGCCAGAUGGACUCCAUCCUCAACACGUACACACAUAUCAGCUGAUCUACAGAGAGCACUGUGAGGCGAUUCUGGACGUGAUGGUAAACCUGCAGUUCCCUCUUGUGGAGACGCUUUGGAAGACUUUUUGGAGGUUCAGUGAAGGACAAAGCAGUGACACGGAUUCACUCGACCUUCAUGAUGAAUCAGAGAAGCGUUUGCCCAAGUCGGUUCUGCUUCUGUUGUGUAAAUAUGAGCCCAUUCUCAACUGGGCCCGCCAAUGCGACAAUUUACUGUACCAAAGCCUAGUGGAGAUCCUCAUCCCUGAUGUCCUGAGACCAAUCCCCAGUGCCUUAACUCAAGCCAUCCGUAACUUUGCUAAGAUCCUGGAGAACUGGCUGACCAACGCCAUGAUCAACAUCCCGGAGGAGAUGGUCCGCAUCAAGAUUGUGUGUGCGGGAGCGUUCGCUCAGACUCUACGGCGCUACACGUCUCUCAAUCAUCUGGCUCAGGCGGCCCGCGCCGUCCUGCAGAACACGGCUCAGAUCACACAGAUGCUCAGCGACCUCAACCGUGUCGACUUCACCAAUGUACAGGAGCAGGCCUCGUGGGUGUGUGGCUGUGAAGACGGUGUGGUCCAGCGGCUGGAGCAGGACUUUAAACUCACCCUGCAGCAGCAGAACUCUCUGGAGCAGUGGGCCGCAUGGCUGGACGGGGUCGUGUCGCAGGUCCUGAAGCCGUACACCGGCAGCCCGGCCUUCCCCAAAGCAGCCAAACUCUUCCUGCUCAAAUGGAGCUUCUACAGUUCUGUGGUGAUCAGAGAUCUUACCCUGCGCAGUGCCGCCAGUUUCGGCUCGUUUCAUCUGAUCAGACUGCUGUAUGACGAGUACAUGUAUUACCUGAUCGAGCACAGAGUGGCACAGGCCAAAGGAGAGACGCCCAUCUCUGUCAUGGGAGAGUUCGCCUGUCUGAACAGAAGUCAAAGGUCAAUGGAUCCUGAUAAAGAUGAGGAGGAUGAGGAGGAGGAUGAUGAGACGGAUGAAGAUCAGGACAUGGCCAUUCCUGUGGUUGUGGGGAGGAGUCACUGGAGCCGCCCACCAAACUCGCCCGAACCGAGCUCUUCAACAGCAACAGCAACACACCAAACUAACUGUUGUCUGUGCAAACAUGGACUCUAUAUACUGAGCUCUGUCUCUGGGAGCCAGUUUGGGAUUGAAAUACAAUCUUCAGUUUUGGUAAUUAUUAGAGGAAGUUCAGUUUCGGUUCAUUUCAUGUUUGAGUUUCCUGAGGUGAAUCAGCCCUCACAGCUGCUGUAUGAUCUAAUGCAGCUUUUCUAGAAAACGGUAACAAUCAUAUGCCUUAAUUAAAUGCACACACACAUUUUCAUUGCCUUCCCUUUGUCAAUCUUAGCUGCCAUGUGUGUCGUGUAUCGACUCUUAAAGUUACAGUUCACCCAAAAUUAAAAGCAUUUGCCAUCAAGUCAUUCCAAAGUCAUCUAUCGGCAAAAAAAAAAA